GUAACUUUCAAGCUCUCCAACAAACAAUGAAAGACUCAACCUUAAACCGCCAUGGAUCAGAAGAUGCUGUAUCCUCAAGUCCAUCAACUGAAGAGGAUCUUCGAAAUUCAUAUGGAGAUACUAAAGGCAAACAGAAAGAAACAUUAGCAGUAGCGGCUGCUCAUCUUGAAGCGUCUAGAAAACUGGUUGUGAACGCCAUAACUACAUCACGGGGGAUGCCCAAUCUUGUGCCAGAAUCCAAACCUUCUGGUGGAUUAAGUCAUCUGGGGUCGUCUUCGUAUCUUUCUGGAGAAUCUUCAUCGUAUAAAGGACACCAGCAGACAUCAUUCGAACCGAAUCGGAGGACUGCAAACGAGUGCCAAAACGAUUCGUUCGAUGCAUUUACCGAACACAAUAUUGAGGCGCUGGUGACAGGUGGCAAAAACGAGUCUUCAUUUAUAGACCAAGAAGCAUCGGAUGGCUUAGCUGUGUUAGAACUUCUCUCUCAACAGGAAGACGAGUCGCAUGGCCUAGCCUUCAAUCUUGAGCAUGCGCCUGGGGAAGAUCUAUUAUGGAAUGCGCCUCCAGAGGAAAUUCCUAGCGGCCAAGAAGAAAAAGUGAAGGAAGAGCGGCUCGACUUUUCUCCCAAUUUCAUUACUAGUCCUGAAGAUUCGCAGCAGGCUGAGGCCUACCUUGGAAGCGGAGAUAUUCGAGAAACGAGCAACACAUGGUUUGGGUACUGGCAUGACGUCUUCACAGCAUACAAUGCGCGAGUGUGGGGCAAUUCGCCAUUAGAGACGACUUCAAGAACACCGGAACAGCAAGGCGACGACAGCCACGAGCCAGCAACUAUCACUCGCGCGCUUAGUAGACUGAAAUUAAUUUUCCAUCAUCUCAAAGGGUAGCUAUUGCACUGGAGCACAGUCUUGUUUACAUCAUCGCAAAGCGUCUGGCCAUUUGCAGAAGAAAAAGUACAGGCGUUGUUCGAAAAAGUUAUAUCACAUCCAACACGCCUGCCUAUACAUUUACCCUAGUAGGUAGAUAUAUUAACUAUCUGUACUACUACUCUCUAUUAUAUCAACAAAACAUUAAUCUGACCAUGUUAUUUUA